AUGAGUCAAGAUUAUUUUUCGAAGAAGGGCAAGGCCCCUAUGGACCAGGAGGUCGAGAAGGAUGAUUUCGACACGCCUGACCAGCCAGUGCCGUCAUCGAGCAGACCGCCUCAGUUCAUGACCGUUGGAUCCGGUUCCACCUCCGUACAUGCGGCGCACCUCCAGUCUCUGCUUGAGAACGACUCGGGAUAUGGCGGCAGUAUCGCUAAAGGCGAUACCAUGAAUUCUGGUGGCGACCGUCACAUCCCGACUUCUGUCAAUGGUCAGCUCUCCGAAGUCGAUCGUCGCAGCCAGGCCGGCGCCAUCCAUCAGCUGUGGUACAACGCACACAGGGUGACGCUGGGCCGCUCGAUCAACAAGGUCAUUGAGCUCCUAAAGGAGUUGCAGGAGAUGAACGUCUCCUGGCCCGCCCACUACCCUUCUGUCCAGCGAACCGAACAAUCGCGGCCCGCCCCUUCACACGCGUGGUCGACAACUGCCGAAGCUCCCACGUCUGCCUGCUCGGUUCCCUCUUCCCCGACUGCCCCCCCGGCGAUACGACGAUCCUUCACAUCGGUCGAAGCCCGUGAUGAUGCCGAAUCAAGCAAAGCCCAGGAGCGGCGUGCACCCGAAGAGCCGCGAUUAGUUACGCCUCAGAUCGCUCAGGAUUUCUCGAUUCUCAAGCUUGAUCUCAAGCUGGGCUCGCUUCACCAGGCGGAACUUGUCCAUUCCUUGGAGAAGGGCUCCAUCGCCUCGCUCCUAGAUGGCAAGAUCAGCUCUAGUAUUCGACACCUGCUCAACCUCCGUGAACGAAUUGAAGAUACUUCUAGCAAGGUGCUGGUUACUGGUGAUCUCAACGCCGGCAAAUCGACCUUUUGUAACGCUCUGCUACGCAGAAAGGUCUUGCCCGAAGACCAGCAGCCCUGCACGGCAAUCUUCUGCGAGGUUCUGGACGCCAGGGAGAACGGAGGGCUGGAGGAGGUGCAUGCAGUGCACAAGGACGCCACCUACGACAGACACAACGAAAGUACCUACGAUGUGUACAAGCUCGCCCAGCUUGAGGACCUUGUCGUGGAUAACGAGAAGUACACUCAAUGCAAGGUUUACGUCAAGGAUGUCCGAACCAUUGACGAAUCGCUGCUCAACAAUGGUGUGGUCGAUAUUGCCCUGAUCGACGCGCCUGGCUUGAAUUCGGAUACAACGAAGACGACGGCUGUAUUCGCCCGCCAGGAGGAGAUCGAUGUGGUUGUCUUCGUGGUUUCGGCUGCUAACCACUUUACCAUGACUGCCAAGGAGUUCAUCUGGGCUGCCGCGGCGGAGAAGGCAUACCUCUUUAUUGUGGUGAACGGCUUCGACAACAUCAGAGACAAGAAGAGAUGCGAGAAGAUGAUUCUCGACCAAGUGCAGGGUCUCAGCCCGAGAACACACAAGGAGUCCUCCGAGCUGGUGCACUUCGUUUCAAGUAACGCUGUUCCUACCGCACCCCCAGGUGGUCCUUCAGGCGGUGGCAGUGGGAGCUCAAGCGGCGGAGGUGGUGGCGACGACCCUAGUGAUGACCCGAAGGGCAAGGGCAAAGACAUUGAGAAGAUUCGAGACUUUGAAAACCUCGAGCAGUCGCUGCGCAGAUUUGUCUUGGAAAAGCGCGCCAGGUCCAAACUGGCACCGGCCAAGACUUAUCUGCUCAACAUUCUGAACGACGUCCACGUGUUGGCCAAUGUCAACUCAGAGGUCGCCAACUCGGAGCUCAGUCGGGUCACCAAGGAACUCGAGCAGAUCGAGCCUCAGCUGGAGUCGAGCAGAAAGGCGACUGCUCAGGUUGGGGACGAAAUCGACAAGAUUACAGAGCAGACGUGCAAGGAGGUCUACAACUACACGCGCACAACCCUCAGCGCGGCUAUCGAUCACGCCGGGGAUAACAACCAUGGCGUUCCUUACCGGGGCAUCUUCAACGCGUUUGAGUACGCCGAGGAGCUGAAGGAAGCGAUGAUGUCUUACAUCCAAGAGUCGGUUAUCGCCUGCGAGGAGCACGCAAAGUCGAAAACGGUUGGUGGAGUCAACGCCAUCAAGCAGCUGGGCAUCUUGCAUCUUGGCGAGGGCUAUGAGAACCUGGUAUUCCGCCCCGAUGUCAUGUUCAAGAGAAAGCGCGACUCGAUGGCUCGCAAUGUGGACAUACCCACCGAGUUCUGGGACUUUGUCGACUGGAACACUAUCGUUCAAAAGCAGGAGAAGGUUGCAGGCACAGGCAUGGCGCUCACGCUUGCGGGAGCUCUUGUCCCGCGCAUGAUGGGCAGUAGUGGCUGGUUAGACCACGCUUUGAGCGCGGCGAAGAUCAUGGGCAAUGAGAACCUCCGUCGUCUAAUCGUCCCCGGAAUCGUCGCAGCCGCCUUUGCAGCCGCAGCCUACAUUGUCAACCAGAUUCCCAACUCACUCCCCCACCGUCUGUCGACCAAGAUCGCGGCCCAGCUGGAGUCUGUCGACUACGUGCAUACCAACUCGACGCGCAUUUCAGGCUCGGUCCGCAAGGUCCUGCGGUUCCCGGCCGACAAUCUACGCGUUGGUCUGGAGCAGUCAGUCAAGGACCUAGGCAGGCGACGCGAGGAGACGCUCAAGGUACGGCAGGAGAGCGAGGUAGCACUCAAGUACUUUGGCAACCUCGUCCGCAACAGCGCGCAGCAGAGGACAGUGGUUGAGGGCGUGGACCUCGACGCGCCGCCCCCGGGCGCCGUCGCCGCAGGCCUUCACUGA